AUGGGUGGAGGAGCUGGAAGAUACGUAGCAGGCCCCCUGCUGCUUCUUAAUUUGAUAAUGUAUAUCGUUGUGGUAGGCUUUGCUAGUUGGUGUCUUAACAGGUUCAUCAAUGGCCAAACUCACAACCCUGGGUUCGGAGGAAAUGGUGCGACAGUGUUCUUCCUGAUCUUUUCGAUCUUGGCCGGCGUGGUAGGCGCGGCAUCAAAGCUGAUCGGCAGCCAUCAUAUCAAGGCGUGGAGGAACGAUAGCUUCGCAUCAGCGGCAUCAACCGCUGUCGUUGCAUGGGCCAUCACUGCCCUAGCUUUUGGGUUGGCAUGCAAGGAGAUACAUAUUGGAGGGUACAGGGGAUGGAGGCUAAGGGUAUUGGAGGCAUUUAUCAUAAUUCUAACCUUCACCCAGUUGCUCUAUAUCGCGAUGCUUCACACUGGUUUGAUGGGUAGCUCCAGUCGAGACACUGUGGGCGUACCUCCAGGCGACCCCAUGCACGGAGGUGGUACUCCGGGCACCGGAUCUAGGGUUUGA